ACCCGCGUCAUAGCCAUGGACUUGAUGACGAAAUCCCUCGAAGACAUCGUGGUGACAGACUUGAAAAAUCCCAUUGUCAUGUACAUCCCCAGGACACCCAGUCGGAAAAGGAAUGAGCCUAUACCAGCCCCACAACGAAUCAACUCAGCCAAGACGAGGUCCACUAUCCUGCCGGUCGUGUAUAGCAAUUUCAACGUGUCUCAUAACGGCUCCUGCGUCAACCUGGAGAUCACGCCCUAUGGACCCGCCGACAGACUCUUCCUGAUAAUCUCCAAGGCAAGAUCCCCACCAUGGAGCGGCACGACUGGAUCACCGUGGUGAAGGACCUGCCCAGGCACAAUGACACGUACGAAUGGUUCUUCUCGAACGCCAAACUGAAGGGCGAAGGCUCGUACUUCCUGGGCGUCGGGGAAUUCAAGUCCGCCUUCGACUACUCGGCCUAUCUGAGGGACCCCGAGAACAGCGGCGCCACCAAGGCCAACCUGAAGAACAUUUCGGUGGAGUACGACGUGCGGAUUUACACGUCGGGAUGCUAUUUCUACGAUGAAGCUCAUGAAGAGUGGAAGGCCGACGGAAUUCUGGCCAACCACUCCGACCUGCGCGUGUCCCGCUGCGAGUCGCUCCACCUGACUCAGUUCGGCGCCGGCCUCUUCGUCAUGCCAAACGCCAUCGACUUCACCUACACCUUCGCCAAGAUCGGUUUCCAUGACAACGUGACCAUCUACGCCACGCUCAUCGUCCUCAUGGUCAUCUUCGUGGUGAUGAUGCUCUGGGCGAGGUUCAUGGACAGGAGGGAUGUGAGGAAGCUGGGAGCGACGCCCCUCCCUGACAACAAGGUCGAAGACAAAUACCUGUACGAGGUCCUAGUCUUCACCGGGAACAAGAAGGAGGCGCAGACGGACUCGACGGUCCAGUUCAUCGUGUCAGGAGACCGAGACGAGUCCGAGGUGAGGACUUUCGGCGACGAGAAGCGCAGGAUCUUCAGGAAAGGAGAGAUCGAUGUCUUCGUCAUGGCGGAAUCCAGGCCCUUAGGAAACCUGACGAUGAUGAGGAUCUGGCACGACAACAGCGGCAAGGGACCCAACGCCUCCUGGUACCUGAGUUUCAUCGUGUUCAGGGACGUUCAAACCGGAGAGAAAUACGAGUUCAUCGCCAAUCAGUGGUUUGCCGUGGAGCGUGAGGACGGACAGGAUGUGUUUUGUGGUGGCCGCCCGCGACGACUACAAACUCAGACAGUCGACGGCGAAAUUCUGGACAAGAUUCGAACGAAGAGGAAGGAAGAGCUACAGAUCUACGCCAUCGUGAGGGAAAUCGCCUUCUAUUCGCUCUUUAUUUGGCUUAUCCUCAUCCUCUCCUACGGAAACAGGGAUCCAUCGGCAUACCUUCUGCAGAGGAGUUUGAGAGAAGCUUUUCUCUACGAAGGCUACUUGGACGGAACCGACUUCACUCAGGUGACCAACGCCGACCGCCUGUGGUUCUACAUGCUAAACGGCCUGUUUCCGAAGCUUCGAGCCGACGUCCUGUACAACGGGAAACCUCCUUACGGGCUUCGAGGCUUCCUCAACGACCACAGCAACAGGAUCAUGGGUUACGCCACCAUCAGGCAGGUCCGCGUGAGGGAGUUUACUUGCAGAGUUCCCAGUGUGAUGCUCAACGUGACCCGCAAUUGCAGUGGGUACUCGCUGAAUCAGCUCGAGGACACUGCCCACUACUGCAGGGGUUGGACCGCCCUCACGCCCGAGACUGUUAAGUCCCUUUCGUGUCAAGUGCCCGAGUUCAGAUACACGACCCAAGCUGACCUCAAAAACAACCCAGUCUGGGGAUACAGGGACACAUACGGAGGAGGAGGCUAUGUUAUCCACCUCACGGGCAAGACAGAGGACUUGCUUCAGAAUCUCAAGUCGCUUCAGAAGGACCACUGGAUCGACAGGAUGACUCGCGCCGUUAUCAUAGAGUUUUCGACUUAUAAUGCGCAGGUGAACCUCUUCGGGAUGUCACGCAUAAUGGCCGAAUUUACGCCAGGCGGAGGAGUUACGCCGGCCUACAGAUUCGAAGGCAUCCGCCUCAUCAACACCAGCAACUUCGGCCUCUUCGUCCGAAUCUGUGAAAUUGGCUUCAUUUUCUACGUCCUGUACUACACGUAUCGCGAGAUUCGGAACAUGCAGCGGGAAGGUUGGGCGUAUUUCCAGAGUUACUGGUCGUACGCCGAUCUCGCCAUUAUCUGCUGUUCUUAUAGCAUGAUUGUUAUUUAUCUGCUGAGGACUUACGGCAACGGUUACGUCAACUUGCAACAGGCAGCUUUACUCAAUGAAGUCUACUUGUACCUCAUCGGUUUCAUUCUGUUUGUGGGGACCAUUAAGUUCAUCAAGUUACUGCGGUUUAACAGGAGAAUGGGCGUCCUCUCCACCACGUUAAGAUACUGCUGGGAAGACCUUAGGGGUUUUCUCAUGGUGUUCGUACUGUGCUUCUUCACCUUCGUCGUGAUGUUCUACAUGAUGCUGAAUAGCAGUGUUUUUGGCUUCCAUAACUUCGUGGUGGCUGUCGAGACCUGCUUCAGUAUGAUUCUUGGUAAAUUUCAGUUCGAGGAGAUGAAGGAGAUCGGCGUGUUCGUCACUGUCAUGUUCUUCGUGUUCGUCAUUUGCAGUUCUUGGGUUCUCAUCAACCUGCUCCUCACUGUUGUCAUACAGACGUUUGUCGAGGUGAGACACGCCCUGGAGAAGCGCGGGAACGAGUACGAGCUGAUGCAGUUCUUCCUGGCGCGGUUGAGGGCUUUUUGGGGUCUGGAGGCGCUUCCGGAGAACGGCUCUCCUCUGCUCUCUUGCGGGACGUCAUUCUCGGGCCAGGACUCCCUCGGGGGCAAGAAUGUCCUCGAACUACCGCACAAGGUCGACGCGUUCCUCGACCACCUCAACCAAACGUACUUCAACGGCCAACUCGACCUCGACAAGAAGGCCUUCCUCGGCAACAGGUUCCGCUUGGGCAUCCUGAACGGCGACGGGGACGUGACGUAUCCUUCGGGAGCGAGGAGGAAGCCCAAGGGUUAUCCUUCGUACCUGCGGAAGGAGAAGGCGAAGAGGAGAGAAGAAGGGCGAGAGGAAAAGGUUCAGGACGAAGGGCGAGGAGGGGCUUUUGAGGUGAACUACCUGGGGCCGCGCUCCGUGAAUAGGAUGCAGUAUGAGCUGGACGACUUCUAAUCCUUUAGUGAAGAUCCUGAACGCCCAAGGCAACUGCAAAAUGGAGAGAGAAAUCGAUGAACUUCGCAAUAAUCUGUGAACUCUGGAGAGGGAAAUGGAGAGGGAAAUCUAUGAACUUCGUAAUAUGUUUACAGAAAAUCGUGCCAUGCCGGAUUCUAAGGAUUGAUAAAAUGCUCUUGAUAAUGCAUGACAAGGAUUGAUGGGAAUCAUACAUUGCCUUUGUUUAUGGUGAUUAAAAAAGAAAAGAAAAAAAAGAAGAAAAAAAAAAAGGAUCCUUAUCAUAACGAGCUUUUUGUUUGUGUUUCCUCAUCAGAGAUCAGAGAUCCCAUUUAUUUGUUUUUUGUUGUAAUAAAAAUUGUAUCCAGCUUUA